CUUCACGAGGAGGUGGAGAAGAAUUAAAAAAUUAAAAAAAACCAAAUUGCUUUUCUUCUUCUCUACUCAAUACCUUCUCAGCUUCCCUCUCACCAAAGCUUCCCCCCUCUCUCUCUGUGCUUCUCUUCCUCUCUCAGGGUCUUUGGAAUUGAAGCUAUAUGUUUGGUUUUGGGGAAGAGCUUACAAUAGACAGCUACAGAGUUCCAUGGCUGAUAUGGAUCCAACUACUGGUGCUCUUCCUCCUCCUCUUCCUCCUCUAUUGUUUCAGUGUCUUCACUUCAGACUUCCCCGACGACGCCACCACCGGUACCUCCUCAGCUUCCCCUUCCAUGUCUAAUUUGGGGGAACCGAUUGUCAAUAAGCACGGUACAACAGCUGUUACAAGUCGCAUACAAAAUUUUCAGGUAGGAGAGAUCCAAAGCAUGAAAGGAGAGAUAGCGACGAGCACGAGCAGAAGAAUAGUGAGAGGAGACAUUGCAGAAAUGGAGGGCUCUCCGGCAAAGAACGCAACUCUUUUGUUUCUCCAUCCAUGCCACUACUUUAGGCUUGCUAGAUGGGCAUUCCUCAAAUGUUUUGGUAUUGACUUCGACUCUGAGAAUUCUACAACAGGAGAAAAUAGAAAAGAUAGAUAACAUAUCAUCAUUGAUCGUUCUUCAUCUUCUCUUCCUCUCGCAAGUGUAAAUGUUGAUUGUUAAGGUAGCUUGAAAGGUGUGUACUGGAGAAUGAUGAUGCCGCUAGUCCCGGUAAUCCAGGCCUUGAACAAAAGAUAUGCAAAGCAAUGAAGAUGGUGAUUCUUCUGCCGUAAAAGGUAAGGACCAUGUAAAACUAGGUUUUCUAGAUACAUAUCUUACACACACGGCCAUUUCAUUCAUAUCAUACCAAUUCCAUUCGACAAUGUGAAAUAACAUCCGGAAUCCUCACCGUCCUAAUAUUAAUUUUUUUCCCAGA